CAAAAACAGAAAAAAAUAAAACAGUUACUUCACCCUCGCGCGACUGCAGUGACCAGUCGGUGUUUUCUCCAACCAUCAAAGGGAUUUGAUUUAUUUUUGGAUAUGUCGGUGGAAAACCAACUAUGUGGAAGUCCCGUCGAAUUUGUCAGAGAUGAGGGGGCGGGGAAUGGAGCGAAUUUUAACUUUUACUUUUAAAUGAUUUACCUCCGUGUUUCAGUCGAGCACGAUGAUUAGCUUUGCGACUGACUCGAUGAGCCGGAGAGCGGAGAGGAGCAGCGGGGCAGCCAGCCUCCUGUGGCCGCUGCUCGGUGCGUGUCUGUGGGCUGCCGCGGUCGUCGCCUACAAGCCGGUGAUCAUCGUGCACGGCUUGUUCGACAGCUCGGGAGAUUUUAAGAACCUCCAGCGCUUCAUCAACGAGUCUCAUCCUGGAACAAAUGUGACCGUAAUUGACUUGUUCGACCGAAGUUCCAGCCUGCGGCCCAUGUGGAACCAGGUGGAUGGUUUCAAGGCGGCCAUUUAUCCUAUCAUGCAAAAUUCAGCGGAGGGAGUCCAUUUUAUCUGCUACUCUCAAGGUGGACUGGUUUGCAGGGGAAUCUUGUCCACUUUGCCAGAUCAUAACGUGCAUUCCUUCAUCUCGCUGUCCUCGCCUCAGGCCGGGCAAUAUGGCGACACCGACUACUUGAAGUACCUGUUUCCUCACUUUGUUAAGUCCAACCUGUACCAUCUCUGUUAUACAGCCAUGGGCCAGAGAAUAUCUAUCUGUAACUAUUGGAACGACCCCCACCACAGGGACAUGUACGCCAACAGCAGUGAUUAUCUGGCACUGCUCAACAGCGACAGACCCAAUCCAAAUUCAACAGAAUGGAAAAAGAAUUUCUUGAGAAUCAACAAGCUGGUGCUUAUCGGAGGACCAGACGAUGGAGUCAUCACUCCCUGGCAGUCGAGUCAGUUUGGAUUCUUUGACGCCAACGAGACCGUUGUUGAGAUGCAGCAACAAGGCGUCUACUUAAGGGACGUCUUCGGUCUGAAGACGCUGGCGGCUCGUGGCGAUCUGAUCUUGUGUUCUGUUCCUGACGUCCAGCAUGUCUGGUGGCACUCCAAUGAGACUGUAUUUCACACUUGCAUGGAGAGGUGGCUGGUUUAGAACCGAACAAACUCAACAUUUUUUAUGAAAUUAGCUUCUAACUGCAUUACGAGGGGGGACUCAGUUUACAACAGAGUUCUGUUACGGCAGCAAUAUUUGUUUGAAGAAAAAAAAAAAAACUUCUGGGCCAUAAAUAUCAAAAAUUCAAAUGAAAAACAGUACAGUCAGUAUGGCUAUGGAAAGCCGUUUCAGCAUUUAUUCGAUAGCCUUGAUAUCCAGCUUAAGGAGUGUGUACUUGUACACUCUUUGUCCUUAAUAGUAAGACAAUUCAGUACAUUAGUAGAAUGACUAGGGUGCACUAGUAGAACUACUGUGUCUUACUAGUGUUUUUCCCAAAGUGCCAAUGUUGCCCUACAAUUAUGCAGAAAUGUCAUACAGUAGUGUAAGGCAAUAGUGGAAUAAACCUUAGGAGUAAGACAGUUGUUCUGCUAGGGCCGUAUUCUCUCAUUCUUGCAUACAGUAAGUUUUUUUUAUCCUGUAAUUCUACUUCUGGCGCAACCACCACAUAGCCAUUUGGAAUUAUUUUCAAGUAAUUACAGUAUAGUUAUUUUCUAAAAUUAUCAUUAUUUAUUUGUUUUUGUUCAUUGCAAGAAAGACACUCAAGGCACAAACUGUCAACGACUGUAAAACUGCAAAUGCUUCCAUUUUACCAGCCUUGAAGCUAUUAUCGAGAAACCAAAUUUAUGAGCAACAACUCCAGAAAGAAGUGUCGAAUCCACUCAUUCAUCAGACAGGCAUCAUUUCUAUGUGCGUUUAGCAGUUUUUGGUUCCGCACUUGUACCUCAAAGCGACACGACAACAGUGCCUGAGAAACAUUCUGUCGUCUUGUGUCACCGCCUUAAUCCUAUUUAAUGCAGUCCUUUUUAUGUACUUUAAAACAUAAUAGUGUUAGCCUUGCAGCAUAAUUGUUGUGUUUUUAUUGAUGUUUUGACAGUAAGUUCAAAAUGACUUGGGCAAUUAUGCUAUUUUAGCCUUGUGAGAGCUAUAUUCUGAGUAGGAACAGUUUUAGUAGAUGACGCCUUAAAUUUCCCCCUCAUGCCUCAGUGUUUCCUGUCCCAUACCGAAAGUGCUAAGAUAAACUGCUAAAAGAAUGGAUGGCUAGAGACAUUAGCAUAAUGUAUGGUCAAAAACUGCACUAUUAUGUUCAUGCAUACUUGUCUGUUCAUUUAUUACUGUUAACUUGUCACUUUUUACCUUUACCUUUGCCUAUAGACGUGAGUCAUUUGAGCAACCUUUGACCGUGUGCCCAUCUUGCAAGGGAUUUGAUUCUCAUAAUAAUGGUACUGUAGUAUUUCAAAUAAAGAUAAUGUGAUUAGCAUAGGAACUUUGAAUAUGGGUGGAUCUAAAGGGACUUCUGUAAAAGUUCCUGAAAGGAACUAUCAACUGUAUGAUGAAUUAAAACAUGAAUGGGAAAAGUUUAAUUCAAUAAGGGAAGAUGAGACAAUCUGCCUGAAGCUUUUGAUUGAAUGUCAUAUUGUUGGAAUGUUUUGCAUUCGUUGUAUCAUGUACUGUAUGCUUGUACAAACUAUUUGACCUAACUUAAUAUCAUGCUUUUAAGGAAUGUCAUCUUUCAUGUUCAUUGUCUGCGUCUGUAAGGUGUGUGAACUUGUACUUUUUAAAAAUAUAAACAGAUACAGCUAUUUUGACAGUCUCCUCAAAUUUAUAGUGUGUAAUCCGUUUGAGGUGUUGUGUCUUUCCUCAAUAAAAGGUUAUAAACGUGA